AUGGGAGAACCCAAUACAUACAAGCUCAGAGUCAGACAUAUAACCACUUGCCGGUACUGCGGGCUGACUCCUCCACCCCCUCUGAUCUCAACCUCGUCUCGUCUAUGGAUCGAAUACCGCCGCUCUGAAGGGAACCCGAGCACAGGCUUCAUCGCUGAAUACGAGGCUCUCUGUGGCGGCACACUUGAACAAGAACAGGGCACGAUCACAAGUCCAAGCAAUCCAGAGUUUUAUGGUCCCAACAGGGAGUGCAUCUGGAAGAUCAUCGUUCCGGAAGGCUUCUCUGUUGCGUUGACUUUCCAUUCAUUCCAGGUGAGCCAGAACCAAAUGGGUCUAGAUCCCGUUUCUAAGGCCCUACACUUACAUUCUCGACUACACCGACCUCUCGAGAUCGCUCAUGAGCUAGCCUGGACCAUUUGUCAGUUGCAUGAAUCGAGUAAAGGUGGUGGUUAG